CCGACCAAUUUCCCGCCAAAUCUACCCCCAAAAUAAUACUCUUUCGCUCACUUUCAUCCGUCAUUUCCCUCCCACAAACCCCCUAAAACCUCAUUUUCUCUCUCCAAAAACUCAAGAAUGGCGUCCGACUCUUCUCCAGGCGGCAACAUCAAUGGAGGCCCUUCAUCACCAGAUGACUUCACAUCUAGUCCAAUUGGAAAUACAUUGUCGUCUCCGGGCGAAGGCGGCCGAACCACCCGCCGUAGCCAGAGAGCCACUUCAUCAAACACAUCGACGCCACUUCGAUCUAGACUAAACCCUUCAAGUGAAGCUAGAACCCCUUCUUCUACUGGGUCUCGCCGAAGGGGCGGCCGUCGUCAGGGUCUAACUCCAUCGACUCCUGUGGCACCGACUCCGGCCUCGUCCGAGGCAGGGGAGGGGUUCGACAAUGAUGAUGCUCCACCAAUGUACGUGUGGGGGACUAAUAUUAGUGUUCAGGAUGUUAAUGGGGCGAUUUUAAGAUUUUUGAGGAACUUUAGGGAUGCUCCUGUUGAUUUAGAGAGUGGAGAGUUUGAAGGGAAGUAUAUGAGAUCGAUUCGGAGAGUGAUUGAGAUUGAAGGUGAUUGGCUUGAUGUUGAUGCACACCAUGUGUUUGAUUAUGAUCCUGAUUUGUAUAAUAAGAUGGUGAGGUACCCUCUUGAAGUUUUGGCGAUUUUCGAUAUUGUUCUGAUGGAUAUUGUUGCCAAGGUUAAACCCCUUUUUGAUAAGCACGUUCAAGUUAGGAUCUACAAUCUCAAAACUUCUAGUUGUAUGAGGAAUUUGAAUCCUUCUGACAUUGAGAAGAUGGUAUCUUUGAAGGGGAUGGUAAUUCGAUGUAGUUCGAUAAUUCCUGAAAUCCGAGAAGCGGUUUUUAGGUGUCUUGUAUGUGGAUAUUUCACUGAUUCUCUUGUUGUUGACCGAGGAAGAGUUAGCGAGCCUCCUGCCUGUGUGAGGGAAGAAUGCAAGGCAAAAAACUCCAUGACUCUUGUUCACAAUAGAUGCAGGUUUGCUGAUAAGCAGAUUGUGCGGCUCCAAGAGACACCAGAUGAGAUUCCUGAUGGAGGGACGCCUCACACAGUGAGCUUGUUGUUGCAUGACAAACUGGUGGAUUCAGCGAAGCCUGGUGACCGGGUUGAGGUCACUGGAAUUUUUAGGGCAAUGAGUGUUAGAGUUGGACCUGCACACAGAACUGUGAAGUCAUUGUUCAAGACUUUUAUUGAUUGUCUCCACAUAAAGAAAACCGACAAGUCAAGGAUGCAGAAUGAAGAUCCCAUGGAGGUAGAGAUGGGCUCAAGCGGUAAUGAAGAGGAUUUGAAUGUGGACUAUCAAAAGAAGGUGGAUCGAUUGAAGGAGUUGUCAAAACUGCCUGACAUAUAUAACCGACUAACAAGAUCAUUGGCACCAAAUAUUUGGGAGCUUGAUGAUGUUAAGAAAGGCCUUCUUUGUCAGUUGUUUGGUGGUAGUCAAUUGAAGAUGGCAUCUGGAGCUAGUUUCCGUGGUGACAUCAAUAUUCUUCUUGUUGGUGAUCCUGGGACAAGCAAGUCACAACUGCUUCAGUAUAUCCAUAAGCUAUCUCCUCGUGGGAUAUAUACGAGUGGAAGAGGAAGCUCGGCUGUUGGAUUGACUGCCUAUGUUGCCAAAGAUCCUGAAACUGGGGAAACUGUUUUGGAGAGUGGCGCCCUUGUUUUGAGUGAUAGAGGCAUAUGUUGCAUUGAUGAAUUUGACAAAAUGUCUGAAAGUGCACGGAGCAUGUUACAUGAGGUGAUGGAACAACAAACAGUUUCAAUUGCAAAGGCUGGAAUCAUUGCUUCCCUUAAUGCUAGAACCUCGGUACUGGCUUGUGCAAAUCCCAGUGGUUCACGUUACAAUCCUCGCUUAUCUGUUAUUGACAACAUUCAUCUCCCCCCUACCUUACUGUCAAGGUUUGAUUUGAUAUAUUUGAUACUUGACAAAGCUGAUGAACAAACAGACAGGCGCCUUGCAAAGCAUAUAGUUGCUCUUCACUUUGAAGACCCAGAGAGUAUACAACAGGAUUUCCUAGACAUUCAAACAUUAACUACUUACGUGAGUUAUGCAAGAAAAAACAUUCAUCCACGGUUGUCUGAUGAAGCUGCUGAAGAAUUGAUACGUGGAUAUGUUGAGAUGAGAAGGAGAGGAAACUUUCCAGGAAGUAGUAAGAAGGUUAUAACUGCAACACCUAGGCAGCUGGAGAGUUUAAUACGACUUAGUGAAGCACUGGCACGGAUGCAUUUCUCUGAAUGGGUUGAGAAGCGAGAUGUGACUGAAGCUAUUCGGCUAUUAGAAGUUGCAUUGCAACAAUCAGCAACUGAUCAUGCCACAGGAACCAUAGAUAUGGAUUUAAUUACAACUGGAGUAUCAGCAAGUGAAAGGAUGAGACGUGAACAAGUGUUGUCUGCAACCCGCAAUGUAAUUAUGGACAAGUUGCAACUUGGCGGACCAGCAAUGCGCACAUUAGAGUUACUUGAAGAGUUAAAGAAGCAGAGUUCUGGUGCUGAAUUUCACCUUAAUGAUCUCCGGAAUGCAUUAUCAACUCUAGCAACUGAGGGAUUUGUAUCUGUUCACGGUGAUAGUGUAAAGAGAGUAUAGAAAAGGAGGGUUUGCAGCAAACUUCAGAAGCGGAAAAAUACUGAUUAAGGAAACAGUUGAACAGCACCACCCUUAAAUUUAACAUGUAGAAGUCUCAUUUCAUUUUAGUGACACUAGUUCAUUGUAAAGGCUGAAAGGUUCCUGCAAAAUUUGUUACCAUUCGAAUCCCAUGGCAUGACAGUUUUGUGACUAUCUCAAUGUUUUCGGGAAUUCUCAUUAUUAAAUAGUUCAUGUGUUUGAAA